GCACCUCUUUCGCGGCAUGCAGUGAAGGUCAGAGGUCGGCUUUAGAGCUAGUGCCGCGAAGAGAUGAGCGUCUCUGACCACUGUGUCAAAUGUUUUGCACAGGUAAGAGCUGCUAUGGCGACGCAACACAGUAAAUCUUCAAGUGUUGUGGACACCGGUUUGCGGUCGGACACAAUGAGGAUCUGAGUUAACAUGUGCAUUCAGUCGGAGAUGCGUUUAUGUGCUGGAAGUGUACGCGAAUCGCGCCAGCGAUUAGCGGCUAAUAUUAGCAUUAGCGAUUAGCAUAGGUAGUUCACACUGUGUUGAAGGGCUAUCGGCCAUUUUGAUUCAGUGAAGUCCGUGAGAUGUUCAUGCAGUCGCCACAGCACUUUUUCAGGAGUCCUCUGAGUCCCUGGUCGGUGGAGACGGACCUGUAGGAGAGCCAGCAUCAUCUUCAGUCAUUGUAGAGAGGGGAAACUGGGAUGCAUUCAGCAGCAUGGAUCAGAUCACCGUUGUCCGAAUAGAUGAUUGUCACAUUGCAGAGUUGCAGGCACAGUGGGGGCAGGAGAAGAAAGGUGAGGGGGAGAAUGUGGAGUGCCUUGAGGUGGAAUACUCUCUACCCACGGAUGAAGACAGCAUUAACGUCACGGGAGCCGAAAUGACCAUUGGAGAGCCACUGAGAGAGACGGAGGAUGAAGAGGAGGAUGGCGUGUAUGUAAUCGAAUACUCCAAUCCAGAAGAAGAGGGGGAAAGCUACAGAUUUAAACUGGCCGUAGAUGGGCCGCUACCAGCCAAAGAACAGAUGAAACACCCCAAGGCUAAGGAGAACAUUGAGCGCACUUCAAAAGGAAAUUGCAGGGUGAAGGGAGGGAGCAAGGCAUGGACAAAGCUUGACCGAAAGGCCGACGUGAAGUUUUGCUGCCCAGUGUGCGCCGCCACAUUUCCUAGCAACGAGACCCUGUUGCAGCAUGAAGCCAAGCAUGGCAACAUGGGGGGGGAACAGCGCAGGCGGAGAUGGGAAGCGGCUGGUGUGCAAUUUGUGCCCGCCGCCAGGGAAACUGUUCAAGAAGAUGGCAGGCCUCUCCGUGCACCUGAAACUCAUCCACUACAAGGAAAGGAAGAAAGAUUAUUUCUGCGGCAUGUGCAGGAAACUGUGCCGCAACCAGCUUGACCUAGAUGCCCACACGCGUCGCCACGCCAACCAGAUGGCGGUCUACCAAUGCUCCCUCUGCCCAUUUAAGUCAACAGACAAAUUGAUCAGUGGGCUCAGUGGGAGGUACGUCAUGAAGAAACACUUGGAGUCUGAGCACAGCGGGAUCAUCCCCAGCUGUCAGAUCUGCAACAGAAACUUCAAGAACCUGACUUCGUACCUGUCGGACCAAUUCAGACACGUAGGCAUUUCGCCUUUCUACUGCCCUAAAUGCAAGAUCUAUGAGAUGACAGAGAGGGGCCUCGUAGUGCACCUGAGGAAUGACAAGCUGAAGAACAGAAGGGAAGGGGCGGGAGAGGACGAGGAGGAGAUGGAGGAACAAGAAGAACAUGCCAGUAGAGCAGAAAACUCUGCUACAGAUGACUCUGACUCCUGACCCUCCCUCAGAUAUCCCUGGCACAUCUGAUUUGUUGAGAUUCAUGGCUCUUCUGUUUUGAGGUGUGGACUGUGGUGUCUGAGGGCAAAAGGUGUGUCAAUAUUACAGUUGCAUGUACAAAAUGUUCUCACUGAUGGAAAUGUAACGUUUUCGACGCAGGUUUGUCUCCCAGAAAGAAGCAAAGUGACGGGCUGCAUGUGCUGGGGGGGUCCACAGCACCUACUGGUCACCCGGGUUUGGGUGCAGACUCGUCGGCCAGCUGGCGUCUGAAUCCAGGGGGUCAGACAGGCCUGUGCUGUCUUCUCUGUGUGCCAAACCUGGUCUUCCUGGGGGUGCGCCCUGGUGGCCAGUCGGCUGAAUGGACCUACCUAGAACCACAUCUCUGGGGAAAACGAAACAAAACCAGAACCGUAGUCCUGUUCCAUAAUGGUGCUCGUCCUGUCGAGGCUCUGGUGUUUAAAGUCCUUUCUCUCUUCAGUGUGAAGCGCAAAUGAAUGACAAAAAAAAAAUGCUGUGAUUUAACUGGUCAAUAAAAACUAUCACCAU